AUGGCUGAUCUAAGCAAACUUGUUCCACUAGCCGAUGACACAAAGACAUUUUCAAUUUCGAACGAUCUGAAUAAUAAUAAGAAUAAUUCCAUAUCCAUGUCGACUGAACUCGAUGAGGCACUCAACGGUAACGGUAAUGGUAAUGACAAUGAUGAUGAUGAUGAUGACGAUGAUCAACAACAAGCAGUUAAAACUAAAAUCAUCAAAUGUAAAACCAAUAAUCAACAAGCACAAACAUCUUCGUAUAAUAUUUUAACAGCAAAUGGAUCAUCUUCAACAGCAAUACAUUCUCUUGAUGUUCCAAAUGAGCAUACAUCUAUUAAAAUAAAUAUUCGUCGUGUUUGUUCUCCGUCAUCUAAUGAACCAGCCCCUGUAAAUCCGUCGUCAGCCAACCAUCUUCCACAACGAUCAAUAGAUUCAACUGAACAAACUCCAUCAGCAACGAAAAUCAUCUCGCGAAAGUUUUUCAAUUCAAAUGAACUCACCAAUACAAAGACAUCUCGUCGUCCCAUAGCGACCAGACGCACAUCGUUAAUCGAAGCCGAUUCUUCAUCUAUCUAUGAUCUUCCAAAAACACUUGUUAAUAACCAUACGACCGUGUAUGAUGAAAAUUCUUUGAAAAAUCAAAUCAUGAAAAUGAAUGGAAAUAAACGAAAAGUUUUCAAUGAGCAACAAGAGAAGAAACGAACGAAAUUAACUACUCGAACAGUAAAACAGCAAGUGAAUACCACUAAACCCUCGAAUCCUCCCGUACAAGUCCGUUCAUCCACUCGUUUAAAACAAAAAUACAAUCCUGCGAGCGAUCAUCAAGAUGCUCCGACUGAUAAACGUUCAAGUACCACAAAACGUCAUUUAAGUACCGAAUUGAUUACUACUCAAACAUCAGACCAUUCAACGACGACGAGCGAAGACAUCAAACCUGGUGAAUACAAAUAUCUCCAUUCAUCACUAGCAUCUUCGUCGGCAACGAAACAGUACACAACUGGUGAAUGUCAAACAACAGAUGAUAUCAUCGAAGUCUCUCAUCAAUCGAUUCAAACAAAUCAUUUAAUCAAAUCAGAUAAAUCCACUUACACAGAUUUCAUUGAUCGACCUCUAUGUGAAAAUAGUACGCAAACGAUUCGUAAAGAAGAACAAGAAACUCAAACAACAGAUCUUAAUUGUCCUAAUGACUCCCAAGUUUAUCUUUAUGAUAUGAAAAGCAGUCAAACACAAUGUGAUAGAAUAUCUGAUACAUGUUCACCACUCUCAUCGCCUCGGUCACCGCCAGCUCGUCAUUUAUACGAUCAACAACAGCGACUCUCGUCACCUUAUAUCGACUUUUCGUUAACAAAUAGUAAUCAUGAUCGUUUACAGUUGUUUCAAACGUUGAUUCACACCGAAGAACAUCCGAAUGGUGGUGCCAGUCUAAUUCGAACGUAUUAUAAUGAAUUUUUACAUUUAUCAGACGAAAAUGCAAGUUUAUUUGUGAAUUAUUUUUUUAACAUGGUUUAUGGAGAAGUCGAUCAACGUGCGAAAUAUUCCAUUGGCGUUCUGCAUGACGGAGCAAGAUGUCUACCUGAUCUCGUGGAUUAUUUUAGCUUGUCGUAUCCGAAGAUGAUUGUCAAAACAUCGAAUUUGAUCAAUUCCAAAGAAGUUCUCACAACUACAAUGGGCGAAUAUCGAAAUCGUCUUGUUCAAACGUAUUCGAAUGGAACCUUCCGUUAUGGACCAUUGAUGAGUAUAUCCUUAGUUGGAAAAGUAACGGGCAAAGAAGAAUGUGGUGAUUAUUUUCCUACUUUCAUUGAUAAAUUGGAAGAAAAUCCAUUUUUACAAUGUGUCAUGCCAUGGGGACCGUUUUCGUCGAUAAAAAUGAAAUCUCGAACAGAUUCGGAUGAUGGGCCUAUUCUAUGGGUUCGACCUGGUGAACAAUAUGUUCCAACAGCCGAGCAUAAAAGUUGUCAUCCGAAAAAACGCAUGGCGAAUGAAUUACGUAAUUUGACUUUUACCGGACGUGGAACUGAUCCUCGCGAAGUACUAGUCGAAGAUCGAACCAAGCCGCACAGUGAUCAUUGUGAUGGCGAUGGCGUCGAGACCACAGCUGCCGUUGGAAUUUUGAAAGCUGUUCAUUGUGGAAUGCCUGCCACGAUCAAUCGAAUGGUGAAAGAUGUCGUCUGUUUUCAUGCGGAAGAUUUCGAGAAAGUCGUCGAUAAACUAAAAAUUGAUCUGUACGAACCACCGGCAUCACAGUGCUUGCAAUGGUGUGAUGAAGGUAAAUUAAAUCAAUUACGACGUGAAGGCAUUCGUUAUGUCCGUUUACCAUUAUACGAUAAUGAUAUUUAUUUUAUUCCACGUAAUGUCGUUCAUCAGUUUCGGACAUUAUCAGCUGUAACAUCCAUCGCUUGGCAUGUUCGACUGAAACAUUAUUAUCCAACUGAAUCAGCGGACGAUGAAUAUGCUCCUCUCUAUAGUCCUAUAUCUGACACAUAG